AUGGCGAUAUACCGACGUGACCACGUGUUGUUUCCAAAGAACCCAUUAGAACCGGUUCCUCCUUUGACAGUUGAAAGUGUUGGUACUCCAACCAUAGAGAACAAGUUUGCCAGUCCGGAGCCGUUUGUCGAUGGCAUGAAAAUGAAGUUGUCUGCCGUUAAAGUGAAAGGGAUGUUGCGCAGUGAAGAGGAGGUCGAACUAGCAGGACCGACUCAAAACAUCUUUUUUGACCCACUGAAGACUAAAGUAGCUAUUGUGACAUGUGGAGGGUUGUGCCCUGGACUGAAUAACGUCAUUCGUGGUAUUGUAUUGAAUAUGUACAAUCGAUAUAAUGUCACCAACGUGUUUGGUCUCAAAUGGGGAUAUGAAGGAUUGAACCCCGAGACCAGUGAAGUGUUACGCCUCACUCCCGAUUUGGUUGGAGACAUCCAUCAAAAUGGUGGGUCCAUCUUAGGAACGUCUCGUGGUGCGCAAGACCCCAAAUUGAUGGCUCAAUUUCUGAUCGACAACGGAUUUGAUAUACUUUUUACUAUAGGAGGAGAUGGAACACUGAAGGGAGCAAACGCGAUUAAUAAAGAACUUAGACUUCUGAAGGUUCCUAUAGUAGUAGUUGGUAUUCCAAAGACUAUAGAUAACGAUAUCAGUUACACAGACACUACUUUUGGCUUCCAGACUGCUGUUGGGCUUUCUCAAGAAGCCAUUAAAACGAUUCAUAAUGAAGCGAAAAGUGCGAAGAAUGGGAUUGGAUUAGUGAGACUGAUGGGAAGAGAUGCAGGAUUUAUUGCGUUGAAUGCGUCUUUGGCGAACGGAGAUGUCAAUAUGGUUCUUAUACCCGAGAAAGAUGUUCCCAUCAAGACCAUUUGCGCGUUUGUAGAAAAGAGACUCACGUCUCAUGGACAUAUCGUUAUCGUCGUUGCUGAAGGCGCGAUGCAAAACGAAAAGCCUAAAGACCUCGACAUGGGAGUUGAUAAGUCGGGUAACAUUAUUCAUUGGGACGCGAUUACUUAUUUGAGACAAGAAAUAGGGAAGUACCUCUCUGCAAAGAACAUCGAGUAUAACCUCAAAUUUGUCGACCCAAGUUACAUGAUCCGAGCAUCAAAGUGUACAUCAGGAGACGCACAAUUCUGUAUGUGUUUGUCUAACGCAGCAGUUCAUGUCGCCAUGGCUGGAAAAACUGGGCUUGUCAUUUGUCAUCACAACGGAAACUUUGUCUCAAUGCCAAUUGAUAGAACAUGCUACUACACUAAGAGAGUUAAUCCUGAUGGUCCUUUAUUAGCCAUGAUGGAUUCCAUCGAAGGUAAAAAAUGA